GGAUAAUGGCCGCUCCAAUCUCUAUUUCUUGAUGGCCUACUUCAAGCUCCAGGUCGGACAACUUCAUGCGCUGGUCUCUAUCUGCGGACAGAUUCGAGACGAGGUCCUUUCGGAAUACUUUCACCGAACUCAAGUUUAUCUCUGGUACCAUGUCAACCUACAUGUACCUUGCGCAAUGCAACACAUCAUGUCCUCUCUUCUAUUUGCGUCCUAUACUCAGCACGUCAGUCUUCGUUGGGAUAUAGAUAGUUUUUACGUCAUGCCCAGCACCCUGGAUUGGCUGUUGCAGCUGAAGCAGCUCAAGACUCUCGAGCUGUUGAUAACCCGUUCGUAUUUGCCUCCUAUCAUCUCCAAAUAUCAUGAAGAGAAUUUGUUUCCGCAAAGUAUGAAGUUGGCUCUCGACGACUAUUUCGGCUCCAUACACUUUCAGAGACUCACAACCCUGCGCAAUCUGGAGAAAAUUGUCGUCAAGCUCUGUUUCGGGCCGCACAGGUGGUGCCCGAGCCCAGAAGUUCAUGCGGGUAUUUGGGAAAGAACACCUCGAUUUCAGAAGAUUAAGGAGACUCUCUCGGAGUCAGUGCGGGAGGACCUCAGACAGGUAUGCUGUACUCUCCCGAUGGGGGUUCCCCUCCCUUUCUCUCCCGCUUCCUUGAAAACAAACGCUGACUCACAAUCUCGUGCGUUGAUGUCAUUUAGCCAGAGCAACAGCCGACCUACGUAUUUGAGCAGCACAUCGGUGCCAUCGAUCCCGAGUGGCCUCGGUCUUAUAGGAUUUGAUGCCAUCCUCAGGUGCUUCAUUUCCCUCAGCUUUUUUUUUGCGGAUGAGGGUUGAAUUUGCGAAGUUUUCUCGACAAGGUGUUCUGGGGGAGGUAAUGGGUUUUAGUCCACUAUGACGAUCCGACCGUUUGUCGGUGCAUAGAGGUAUGCAGGUCGUCCCCUUCUGGUCUCUCUCAGCGACCAGACUGUCGUUUGGUGACCUUGAGCCAAUCCGUUAGACGCAAAUUUGAAUUUUCUUGUUGCAUGAGUUCAGUUGACUGGUUUUCCUCGUCGUGCGGUCUCUACCUUCGUCGUGGUCAUGGAG